AUGGUAGAACCAGUUACACUCAUUCUUGGUGUAGUUUCAGUUAUAAACUUUCUUUCGACUGGUUUCACUUGGUUUAAAAAGUUCAUAGGUGCUGCUGAGGCAUCUUCACCAAGUCAAACCACAUUGUCGGUAGCAACAUAUCCAUCAGUUAUAUAUGUGUCUCCGAUAAGAGAAGACACUGCAAAAACUGAGUUCGAACAUUUCAAAUCAAAGAAGAAGUCAUUAGAAAAUUUUGACUCAAAUGAUGGUACAUCUUCAUCGAAUUUCGGUUCGACAAUUGGUUUAUUACUUGUUGUUUCGAUCGUUCUUGCAGUUCUUGCUUUUAUUUUCUAUCGGACACGAAGUAAAUCACAAGAAAAUAGAUUCAGUUUUUUUCGACAAUCUGAAACAAAAUGUGGAUCACUACCCACUCUGCGAACAUCUCAAAUAGAAUCUAAUCCAGUAAUUGUUUAA